AUUCAAAGUGAUAAAGUAAAUACGGUUAAAAAUUCGAUUUUACAGAAAAGUAAUAAACAAUAAGUAAACUAAAAUAGAUUGUUUAUAAAUUAAUCUAGUAUUACCGGUGCACAUUUGUCCAUACGCUUUUCCUUCUUGCGAUCUUGCCAGUUGCCAGUUGACACUUGUCACUGUCAACAAAUGAUGUCAAAUUGUAUGUCGAAGUUUCUAUGAAGGGUAACGUAGGGGUAAUGUAAUUGUGUACUUUAUAGGAAGUACCGACGUAAUGGCGACUGGGUUGUAGAUUUGCAGAGUAAGCACUUACCUACAGAAAAAAUGGAUUUUAUGUCAACAGAUUUUGAUUUGGCAGAAAAUAUCUUUUAUUUCCAUAAUCCUGAAACUAAAAGUUUGGCAUUUGUGCUCAACUGGGAUACAAAAGAAAAAUUCUACUUAAACCUUUUAAGGAAGUCCUAUGCAGAUGUAGUUGAUACACCAAAUGAUCAUUCAAUGGUACUUACAAGACCUGAAAAACCAAAUUAUUUUCAUAAAAAGAUCCCAGCAUUUGAUAUUAAAUACAUUGAAGAUUGUUUUAAAAUCAAAGACUAUCCUGAUCCGACCAAAUAUUUAAUUAAAAACACAAGUCUUUCAAAUUAUACAAAAGAUGAUAUACUUGAUUGUUGGCUUUAUCAGAAUAAAUCGUGGUCUGAUUUAGUCCCAAUUCCCAAAAACAAAUAUGAUAAUUGGAUAACCGCAAACCAACGGUCGUCUUCCAAUUCUAUUUCUCAAGUCACAAGCUCUAACAAUAAUAUUGUUCCGUCUAACCAUUCAAUGAAAAUUGCUCCAUCUAGUAAAAACACAAGAUUGCCCUAUACUCACAAAGAAGAGAUGAAUAUUGUUAAUUAUAUCGUUAAGAAUAAUCAUGCUUUAGAUGUUAAAGGGAAAGCUAUGUGGCAACAGAUGGAACAUGACAACAUAUGUAAACUUCGUACAUGGCAAUCUAUGAAAGAAAGAUAUUUAAAAUCCAUUAAAUAUGAUUUGAAUUCAGGAAAUCAUAGAUUUCCAUUUCUUACACCAAAAGAUUUGAAACUAUUGCGACAAGGUUUAAAUAUUGAACAACUUAGUGACAAUGAGAAAAAAGCAAUGAAAUCCCGAUUCAAUGAAGAACGAAUUAAUAAUUGGUCAUCAUCGGAGAGUUCAUAAAUUUAAUUGGCAACAAAAUGUAUGCAUAAAAUACACUAUUAUGAUGCCAGAAAUUUUUUUAAUAUUCUUUUGAGAUAGUUGUUGAACAAUUUCUAGCGACAUACAGAAUAUAAUAUAAAACCUAAAGUUAUUAAAAAAAUGUAUUAUAUCAUAAUAUUUUUAUUGAAAAUUGAAUUUUAUUAGUUUAUUUAAGGUGAUAGGUAUUUAAAUAAUUAGUUAAUCAAAAUUAAAUUGUAUGUAGCAAACUGUAUUGUAUCUAGUUUAGGGCUCAACAGUCCAAAUGAUUUUUUUCGGGAACCUAUGUAUUUCAACAAGUUUAAAUGUAUAGAGCCAUCAGAA